AUGCCCAUGCCCAGUCCAUCCGGUAAAGACGCCUCGAUCGAGGCAACAAACACAGUGGAUACCGCCGCGUCAACUGUUGGGGAAUCGCCACCUACCAAGUCCACCAGCUACAAAUUCGAAACGCCCGCUCCCAUCAAGCAACUGUUCAAGAAUGCUGGUUACUCUCCACCAGAAGACUUCGAAACUGGGCGGGAGUUGCCAACCCCUGCUGCAGCCCAACAAGUCUACGAGUACUAUCAAGUGCAUUCGAAUUCACCGGCUUGGGGAGACGUUCCAGCAACAAGCAAAACUUGUCUGGCUGAACAUCCGGGGCCAUGA